AUGAGGGGCACACUGCAACAACGAAGUGGAGAAGAGUCAGAGGUCUCAGCCCCUGAGCCGUUGGAUGAGCAAGCGCCCUUGGCCUUUGAGCGGGCCUGUGCUGAGCUGAUCACAGCUGGCAGCCCAGGAUCAGAUGUGUGGCUCAGCAUGGUAAAGCUCUCUGAAGAACCCACGGAGGACAGCGACAGCUCUGCUUCGGAAGAGCAUAGUCCAACGCGCCGAGGACAAGCAGAUCUCCUCCGACAGGAGGGCAUUAUUUGUGAGCCAAAGAUGGUAGCCAAGGGUGCCGCAGCUCUCUUCAAACGUCUGGUGCCAGAAGGGCGCUUGAGCUACGCGACGUUGUGCUCCAAGCUGCAAGAUGCGACAGAGAGUGAAAGAUUCUGGCAGCUCCUGGAAGCACUGGAUGUACCAGCCAAUUUCAAAAAGCCACGGCCACAUCGAGCGCUGUCUCGCGCCAACACGGCCCCACUGGACGAGGCCACACCGAAAUCACAUGGGAAGCUGGCCCACACCAAGUCGAGCGGUCAUAUAGAGAUCAGUGUGGGCGAGGAUGCUUUUGUGCAGCUGGUGGUCUCCACAUACAAGGAUGCUGCACGAUUGGUGUCAAACGUAGGGGAGCACUCAGCGAUUUUUGCGCUUUUUUGCAGUGUGCUGCGCCUCUGUCGAGUGCUGUUGGUCUCCAUGGCCGCCCUCGGUCGCUUUGCUCCGACAUCCUUGAUGCAGACGCUGUCCUGGCUAAUUUCCUCUGUGCUGCUUGCUGUUUCAUUCGCAUGGGGACCUGUAUUGCUGGACGUGAUGCAGUCACUGGUUUUGCUGCUCCAUGUGUGCCCCUUCGACACUGGGGACCGCAUUGUUUUUCGUGGACAGAUCCUCACUGUGGCACAUAUCAAGCUGCUGAACACUGUUUUCCGGGACGUCUAUGAUGAGGAGAUCUACAUUCGCAAUGCAGCCUUGUAUGCUGGCGAUGGGAUCAUCAACCUCCGCCGCUCUGGGCCCGCCUAUGUGGCCAUCACCCUGAUGAUUCCCUUGACAUUUGCACGAAAGGAGAUCUUCAAAGCGCUGACAGUGGCAGCCAGGAACUAUGUUAUGUCUCAUCCAGAGACCUGGCGGGACCCGGUCACCUGUGGCUUCUAUCCAACGCAGCAAGGCUCGGGUGGUGUUGAGGUGCACAUGGAGUCCUUUCCUUCGCAAGCCCUACGCUGGCGGGUAGGGCUUUCCCACCAACUGUCCAAGCUACACUCAGGGCAAGUCAGGAGUGAUGCCUCGCAAUUUCUAACGGAGUUGAUCGAAGAGGCUGUGAAGUUGGGCAUUGAAUGGUCCAGACCUGCAGUGGUGUCUGUCUUGCAGAGGUAUGCAGGUGCUUUGCCUGCAGAGGCGGUGGAGGGCCUUUGGAUCCUGGCAGCAGAGGAUGCAGCCGCCGCAAUGCGGCUUUGCGCUGAGAAGAUUUUCGCUCUUCCCGACACAGAGAAUGUUCUGAACCAAGCACGUGAUCUCGUUGCCACAGUGCUGGAUGCCAUUCGCCUUGAGAACUCCGAGCUGGCAAGAAUACUCGAAAGCUUUUUGCAAAGGACACAAUCCUGGCGCGGACAUGAGAAGUCGCAGGCCCCAGUGCACCACUUGGUCGUGGACCACUUGCUGAGCACUCCACGCCUCCAUGGGCUUUUAGAUCUCAUGAUCUCUGGCAAUGCCGUGGCUUGGGGGGAGAUCCUGCAGCCACGGGCCAACACAAGCCGAGUAGCCGCUGAGCUUCUUUGGAAGUACCACCAUCACCAUGGUCAAGUGAGACCCGAGUGGGCACAGCUGCAACGACUGGUGGAGAGUCCGCAGUUCUACAGCCUGAAAGAUCGCAUUCGAUAUUUGCGGCUGUCGCAGGAGCGAAAAACCGGCACAGCUGCCGAGGAUUGUGCUGUCCGAUUGAGCUGUGCCGAACAACUCCAGUUCCCUCUCUUCAAUGAGCUGCAAGAGCUGGCAGUAGACACCAACCGAGAAGACAGGCGCAUGGCUGCGAAGAAGCGUUGCCGCGAACUGCAUCAGUUGCAGGGUGUCCGCGAGCUCUAUGAGAUAGCUGAAGAGUUCGGAUUUGGGCAUUUGCAGCUUGCAAUCGCAGGCUUCUCAGGAGUGAAGAUGGCUCAUCAUGUUGCAACAACCUUGUGGGUUAGCUUGUUAUUUCCUCCUGGUGAAUGCCUCUACUUUGAGCAGGCAUCUGCGUCUCCAAAGGACCUUUUUCCUUUGCUUAUGCUUCGACCGCAUAGAGAGUUCUUUUUGUCGAAGCAGGCCAACGUAGCGGCCCCGCCCUGGACGGUGGAGCCCACCCUGCUUCGAAACCGGAUGGUGGCCUUCCUGCACGAGCUCAGGGAGGUUGCCUCGGACAAUCACCACCUGUGGGCAACCAGGUGUGUUGGAACGCUUUUAGAGUUCAGCAACUGCCUGUGGCUGCAAAACCAGAAGGAGGCCCCACACUUCGGUAGGGAAGAAGGAGAUGCUUCUGCAGGGCCGCCCCUCAUCGAUCACACUUGCCUGUGGGUGGCCAUGGAGGUUUUGUCCCAGGAGCCCUUCAACCUGUCGCUGCCAGACCUGGUUACGUUUUAUGCUGAGAUGAUUUCCCAGCUCCAUGUUUGGCACAAAGAUCUAGAGGAAAGGCUUCCAGCCUACCUGCGAGCAAAGCAGUGGGUUUGGCCAUCUGAAGAGGAUGUCCACCUUCAUCUCUCGCAAGUGGCUCUGGUGGUGCUUGCCAGCUGGCUCCGCGAGGCAGAACGCCUAUGUGGCAGUUCUGGGCCUGAGAGGGAGAAGGCAGAACGCCACUUUGCCCAGGUUUGGCGCCGUUCAGCUGAUAGCUUGCUUGUGGGCCUUUAUCUUCGCUUGAAUGGUUCAAAACUGGUGCCAGCUCAACGCCUACUAGUCGAGGUUAUCCGCCUGGAGAAGUCAUGCCGACUCCUACUGGAACGAGUGGCAUAUCUCCCUGACUCUCCGCUCCGUCCUGGGGUGGCUGAUCAAAGUUAG